AUGGGCAAGAAGAACAACAAGAACCAGGAGCAGGCCGUCGACAUGUCCGCUGCAGGACCCAAGGACUGCGGUGUCAUCUUCGACAGUUCUGAUGAGGUCUUGGACGAGGCCAAGAAGAUGGUCCGUCUUGACCACGUCUCCAAGCCCUGGACUCGAGAGUCCUGGGAGAAGGCAAGGCCCUUCAUCCUCGAGCAGCGUCAGAAGCUCGAGACCAGCGGCUGGGCCAGCACCGAUUCGGCCCGCACGGAGAUGUAUGUUCUCCGCCGCAAUGCUCCUCACGGUGCCUUCGCCGAGGACGGCUUCAUGUACAUCAGGAUGCCCAAAAAGUUCAUCGACUUCCACCGUUCCAGCCGUUCGGCCGAAGAGGAGGAGAACAAGGAGAACAAGGAGAACAAGGAGAACAAGGAGAACAAGGAGAACGAGGAUGGCAAGCAGCGCAAGACCCUUCGUCGUCGAAAGGAGAACGCGCCCUCAUACAAGCUUGACAACGAGUACAUCUGGAAGGUGCGCGUGGAUGGUGACGGUGACAACAGUGACCGAGACCCCAACGUCAUCCUUGACACCCUAGAACCCCUCGAGAACAUCUUCUACCUUGUUCAGUGCUUGUCGCCAGGUAUGGCUAAGCUCCAGUACAACCGCAAGGAUGUUAUGCAGCCCAACACCAAGCAGUCGGAUCUUCGUGACGAUCCAGAAGCUCCCGCUAUGCGACACCGCGCUGUGUUCGCCGCAAGCGAGAAGAUGGUUCGCACCCUCCCUCCCGUGUUCUGGAUGAAAAAGAACGAGAUCGAGCUUCGCAAGAUCAUGGGUGCCGACGCUUACGAGGCCACCAUGCGCGCUUGCCAGGAUGCCAAUCGCUCGCACAUCCGCGACGUCAAGGGCCUCAACGAGAAGGUCUGGGAAGAAGCUCUCCCUCCCCGCAAGGAGCCAGAGAAGAAGGGAAAGAAGUCCAAGGCGCCCAAGGUGCCAAAGGCGGUUGCGGCAAGUGCAUAA